AUUUGCUUGAAAAUUCAUUAAAUUAUUUGAACACAGCGAACACAUUCACUGAGAUGAGAAAUGUGUGCGACGAUUAUAACUAACGAGUGUGUGAGCAACGAGAUCACGCGAUAUAUAUGGUGGCGAUUGUUUUCGCGUGCUUAUAAGUUUAUAAGAUGGUUGGCAAUUCGGGGAAAGGGGAUAGUUAAUAUUCCAACGUAGUAGGUGGCGGUAAUGCGCGCUUUGACCCUGGUUUCUACCCACUAUUUAACCGAAGAAGAAGAAGACGAAUGUUUGGUAACACGCGUGUUGUGAACGCGUAUUGGUCAGUGCCUUGUUUGGCACAGUGUGCAGCCCUGGAGAGAGAAACCCGCCAAACUCCCUCGGUUAUAUGACUACUUUAAGUCUUUUAACGAGUUUAUCAACGGCGUGGUCUAUUUCCUGUUUGGGAACAGCUCAAUUUGUUUGAACAGAAUGCCAGAGGGACCAGAGCUCCACCUGGCCAGCCUGUACGUGAACACAACGUGCACAGGAGUGGUGUUCACUGGACCAGUCACAAAAUCUGAGGUCAGCAAGAAUCUUCAUGUGCCCUUCACCUGUGAGGCCUAUCGCAUUAGCGCCACUUCCAGAGGGAAGGAAGUGAAGCUCACGCUGACGCCCAUGAAGAGUGAUGAUUCAAAAAACAAAGUGAAGCCAGGACAAGCAGACCAGCCCAUGGAGAUAGUUUUUCGCUUUGGGAUGUCGGGCAGUUUCCGCUUCACCACAGAGGAUGAGCUGCCCAAACAUUCCCAUCUGCGUUUUCACUCCAAAGAGAAGCCCUGCAGAGUGCUCAGCUUUGUGGAUGCCCGCAGGUUUGGCAGCUGGCAACCCAAUGGGACGUGGCAGCCUGACCGAGGGCCUUGUGUCAUGUUUGAGUACGAAAGCUUCAGGGAGAAGAUAGUGUCACACCUGUCCAACCGGGCCUUUGACAGGCCCAUCUGUGAAGCGCUGCUCAAUCAGAAGUACUUCAACGGGAUCGGGAACUACCUCAGGGCUGAAAUCCUUUUCAGGCUGAGCAUCCCACCGUUUGUGCCAGCCAGGGCCGUAUUAGAAGGCCUGAAGUCAGAAGAUGCAUUUGAAAACAAGAAGGUUGUGAAGAAUGAGAUCACAGACACAAAGACCUCAGACGGGUCUAAAGAGGAACAAGUGAAAGGCGAGCCGGGUGACCUGCUCCGACUGUGUCACACAGUACCGCUAGAGGUGGUGAACCUAGGUGGGAAGGGCUACGAUCCCCAGAAGGCAGACUACUCUGACUUCAGGGCGUGGCUGCGGUGUUACUUUGUGGAUGGAAUGCAAUCGAUACAGGACCACAAUGGCAGAACCAUGUGGUUCAAAGGAGAUCCCGGACCCAUGACACCUACAGCACCCAAGGCCAAAAAGAGAGUGAAGAAAGAAGAUGACCACGAUUACACUGAAAAGAAAAAGGCGGUUAGGAGUCGCUCUGUUAGCACACCAAAGAAGAAGAAUGCGAUCAAAAGAGAAACUGUGACCAAAACACCAAAGAAAGAAGAGGAUGGACCUUCAAAGGAAACCGCGUCCAAGAGGAAACGAGGAGUAAACGCACCUCAACAGGAAAAGAGAGAAACUGCACGGAGGAAGAAAAACAGCAGUUCAGAGCCAACGACAGGUCCACAGAGGCGUAGCGAGAGAGAGACCAGGCAGAACAGUACACCCAAAUAAAGAGGCACCACUGUAUGAGAUGUAUGUUUUUAUACUGCAAAAAUUGUUUUUAAUAAAACGUGUUUUUAUAAGUUUGGAAACUUUGUAUUGAUUUGAUGCAAAGUAAUUAAUUUAUUUAUGUCACAUUGUCAUCCAGGAGUAGCUCAAACUGAU